GCCCGGCUCCGCCCCUCUCCCUGCGGCGUCGCGGAGGUGGGCCCCGCGCUCGUAUCCUUCCGCAGAAUGUGGAUGACGCCCAAGAGGAGCAAGAUGGAAGUGGACGAAGCUCUGGUGUUCCGGCCCGAGUGGACCCAGCGCUACCUGGUGGUGGAGCCCCCGGAGGGCGACGGGGCCCUGUGCCUCGUGUGCCGCCGCCUCGUCGCUUCCACCCGCGAACGCGACGUGAGGCGCCACUACGAGGCCGAGCACGAGUACUACGAGCGGUACGUGGCGGAGGGCGAGCGCGCGGCCCUGGUGGAGCGGCUGCGGCAGGGCGAGGUGCCCAGCGCCGACCCGCUCACGCCCGAGGAGAGGGCCGCCCGCGCGGGCCUGGGGCUCUGCCGCCUCCUGGCCCUCAAGGGUCGCGGCUGGGCCGAGGGCGACUUCGUGUACCAGUGCAUGGAGGUGUUCCUGAGGGAGGUGCUCCCCGAUCACGUCGGCGUCCUGGAGAACAUGGAUCUGUCUCCGGAGAUCGCGAGGCAGAGACUCCUGAAUAUCGACAAUAACCUGCGCAGUCAGCUCGUCCACCGCGCCAGGGACUUUAAGGCCUAUUCCCUUGCCCUGGACGAUCAGGCUUUCGUGGCCUACGAGAACUACCUCCUGGUCUUUAUCCGCGGCGUGGGCCCCGAUCUGGAGGUGCAGGAAGACCUGCUGACCAUCAUCAACCUGACUCAUCACUUCAGCGUCGGGGCGCUCAUGUCGGCCAUCCUGGAGGCCCUGCAGACGGCGGGGCUCAGCCUGCAGAAAAUGGUCGGCCUGACCACCACCCACACCCUGAGGAUGAUCGGGGAGAACUCGGGCUUGGUGUCCUACAUGAGGGAGAAAGCCGUGAGCCCCAACUGCUGGAACGUGAUCCACUACUCGGGAUUUCUUCACUUGGAACUCUUGACUUCGUACGACGUCGACGUAAACCAGAUCAUCAAUACCAUCUCGGAAUGGAUAGUCCUGAUCAAGACCAGAGGGGUGAGGCGCCCCGAGUUCCAGCCUCUGCUGACUCAAUCCGAGUCGGAGCACGGGGAGAGAGUGAACGGACGCUGUCUGAACAAUUGGCUAAGGAGAGGGAAGACGCUAAAACUCAUCUUCUUGCUCAGAAAAGAGAUAGAAGCCUUCCUGGUGUCCGUCGGGGCAACCACAGUCCACUUCACGGACAAGCAGUGGCUCUGCGACUUCGGCUUCUUGGUGGACAUCAUGGAGCACCUUCGAGAACUCAGCGAGGACCUGCAGGUUAGCAAAGUCUUCGCGGCUGCCGCCUUUGACCACAUCUGUGCUUUCGAAGUGAAGCUGAAUCUGUUUCAAAGUCAUAUCGAGGAGAGAGAUCUGACCCACUUUCCCUCGCUCAGAGAAGUCGCUGAGGAACUUCAACAGCAGUUCACGGAGGAUCAAAAAAUCUUUGACCCGGAUAGGUACCAGAUGGUGAUAUGUCGGCUCCAGAAAGAGUUUGAGAGACAUUUUAAGGACCUCAAGUUCAUUAAAAAAGACUUAGAACUUUUUGCAAAUCCAUUUAGCUUUAAGCCUGAAUAUGCACCGAUUUCAGUCAGGGUGGAGCUGACCAAACUUCAGGCCAACACCAGCCUUUGGAACGACUACAGAAUCAAGGACUUGGGCCAGUUCUACGCUGGCCUGUCUGCCGAGUCUUACCCGAUCAUCAAAGGGGUUGCCUACAAGGUGGCAUCUCUGUUCGAUAGCAGCUACAUCUGCGGAAAGGCUUUCUCCUAUUUGACUCAGAACCAGCACACCCUGAGCCAACCCUUGGCGGAUGAGCAUCUCCAGGCCCUCUUCCGGGUUGCCACGACCGAGAUGGAGCCCCACUGGGAUGAUCUUGUGAGAGGGAGGAAUCAGCCUAGCCCGUAGGCGUUUGCAGUGCAACCCUGAAAACCUGCAGGACUUCAACUCC